AUGAACCGCACCCUCAACCGCAAACUCGCGCCAAUCAACCCCAUUCCCUCCUCAUCCCCCGCAUUCGGCACACCUCUCCAUCCGCUACCAGCCAUCACCUCGGCACCAAUACCAGCACCCCCCGCCCUGAAACCAACAAUCCUCCCCAUCCUCCUCCCCUCCGCGACCCUCCGCCCCCUCGCCUUCCGCACCUUCACGAAGAAGCACAACCUAACCCUAACCUCCUCUGCCCUUGCCCUCCUCGCAACGUUCGUGGGCCGACACUGCGGAUCCGGAUGGCGAGACGAGGGGCUCGCGGAGCGAUUGCUCGAGGAGGUAGCAAGGGCGUGGAAGAGAGGGAGUGGAGAUGUUAUUGUUGAUGCUGCGGGGGAGGGGGCCGCGCUGAAGGGGAUUUUAAAGGGGUUGGAGGAGUGUAUGGUUGGGGGGAGGGUUGUGGUAGGCAAGGGUAGUGGAUUGAAUCGAGAGGUGAGCUUCAGGCUUGGGCCGGAUGGUGCUGUGGCAGGUACCAGACCUGGUUUGCUGCCGAGUGAGAGCAGUUUCGGCAUGGGAGCCCUGGAGGUAGACGAGGAGGAAGAGGAGAAUGGCUCGCGGGACCCAAGGGAUUGGAUUAAGGUCAUUGAUGCGUUUGAGCAGCCGAGGCUCACAUACAACGUCAACAAGAAGCAUUUCGAGAGAUCAACAACGAAAGCAUCCCUCUUCCCUCCACCCUCCCACAGGACCGAUCUCUUCCGCCAACGCUACCACCUCGUCCACCAGCGCUGCCUCCGUAAUGAGUCGUUCCAAGCCCCCUCCUUCUCCGGCAACCGCUCCUUUCACCGUACCUCCUCCCUCUCCGUCACCCAAUCCCACAAAAUCACUCCCAUCGCCAACCUCCUCGGCCGCAGCGGCACGAGCCACGUCCUGCUCGGUCUCCUGAUCGUCUCCGCCUCCGGUACCCUCGCGCUCUCCGACCUCACCGGAACAAUAGCGCUGGACAUCCAGCAUGCGCGACCUGUCCCGGAGGAUGGCGCGUACUUCGCGCCGGGCAUGAUCGUCCUUGUCGACGGCGCAUACGAAGAGGACUACAGUAACCCGGGUGCGGGGUCCAUGUCUGCGCUCGGGGACGCCGGCGGUAUCGGUGGGACCAUCGGCGGUAAAUUUGUCGCGUUUUCGGUCGGUCACCCGCCGUGCGAGCAGCGGGUGACUACUCUUGGCAUUGCCGACAAAGGCUCCGGAGUCAAUGAAGCGCACAUAGGCACAGGCCCCGCCUUCGGCUGGACGGACUUCCUAGGCGUAGGUUCUGAGCGCGCAACUGGCGCCCGCAUGCGCAGAGUCGAGCAGCGGCUCCUCGGGCCAGGGGCGCCGCACCAUGACAACGCGCGCAUUGCGAUUGCUAGUGAGGUCAAUCUGGAUAACCCUGCCACGCUCUCCGCGCUGAGGACGAUGCUGAACUCGUACGCCUCGCUGCCGCCGACGGCUUUUCCGAUGGCUGUUGUCCUAAUAGGAAAUUUCUGCAGUAAGGCCGUUAUGGCGGGUACACCGGGGGCUGAGUCGAUCGAGUACAAGGAGUACUUUAACUCACUGGCGGCUGUGCUGUCCGACUUCCCGCAACUGUUGGCGCGGACGACGCUGGUGUUUGUGCCCGGAGACAAUGACGCAUGGCCGUCGGCAUUCUCGGCAGGAACAGCGUGUCCGUUGCCGAGGAAGGGGGUGCCGGAGAUGUUCACUAGUAGAGUCAGACGGGCUGUGGCAGAGGCGAAUAGAGAUGCCGGUGGACCAGGGAAGAAGGGAGAGGUGGUGUGGUCGACGAAUCCGGCCAGACUGAGCUGGUUCGGGUGUCUUGGAGAGAUGGUGCUCUUCAGAGAUGACAUCUGCGGGCGGCUACGAAGGACUGGACUGAGGUUCAAGAAGCCUGGUCAGGUGGAGGACGGCGACGAUGAUGAAGCACGAGAGAACAGCGCACGGCGGCGAGAGGUUGCUUCGCGCGAGCCAGGCGCCGCUGAAGUUGCAGAGCUCGUAACUCAGGAGUCGCAGCCGAUGGACCUUGACAGCGUACCCAUCCCCACGGCUGCAGCACUGUCAACGGAUUCGGCGGAUGAAGACGCCCUAACUGCCAGACGACUCACUCGCACACUGCUUGACCAGUCUCACCUUUCACCUUUUCCGCUCUCUACGCGACCUGUACACUGGGACUACGCGCAUGCGCUAUCGUUGUAUCCUCUACCGACGUCUCUUGUGAUUGCAGACGCAGAAGCACCGGCGUUUGCUCUGAGGUACGAAGGAUGCUGCGCAAUGAACCCCGGAAAGAUCGUGGAAGGCAGGAGAGGCGAGAGGGCGCAGUGGGUAGAGUAUGAUGUGCUGAGUGGAAAGGGCGAAGUGAGGUGGAAGGACAGCUGA